CAGGCGGAACCAGGAAGUGACAGCAUUAGACUCUGCAUUAUUCCUGGGCUGCCUGGUGUUAGAGAAUCAUGGCAGUGGACUGGAUUGGUUUUGGUUAUGCUGCUCUUUUGGUUUUUGGUGGCUUCCUUGGAUAUUCACGUAAAGGUAGCAUUGUGUCUUUAGCAGCCGGUCUUACCUUUGGGUCUGUUGCUGGUUAUGGGGCAUAUUGUGUUUCCCACAAUCCCCACGACAUCAAGAUAUCACUGAUUGCUGCACUAAUUCUGAGUAUAGUAAUGGGGCUGAGGUACAACCGUUCCAGGAAGCUCAUGCCUGCUGGGAUUGUUGCAGGUAUCAGCCUCUUCAUAGUCCUAAGACUUGUAUUGGGGCUCUUCUCUUAGACAACGUCUGCUAGAAAACUGCCUACGAUCAAAUAUUUCUCCUGGGAUUCCACAAGUGCUUCUGAUUAUAUUGUAUAUAUACAAUGAUUGUUUAUCAGAUCCCUUGAUUUAUGUAUUACACUAGGUUUUCAGUGUCUAAUCAUGUAAUGUCAUAUAAGAGUACAUGUAGUAAUCCUAUGUUGCUAGAACAUAUACAUGUCUGGUGUAAGGGAAUUGUCUUUGUGUUCACUUGGAAAUGCAACAGUAUUUCAUGUUUGUACCAGCUUAGUAGUAAUAGUAGUAGUAAGCAAAACCUUUUCCCCUCAGUUAUGUCUGUACUCGUUAUAAUACUUUUGGACCACACCAUUGCGUCAUCUCUCUAAAACAAACAAACAAAUACUAAAUUGACAUUCCAGUGACCAAACCCUUUUUCUUAUAUUUGUUUGUUCCUGAAUUGUUUUAUAUUUUUACCCUUUGUUAUUCUUUCUCUUAGCUUUCCCUUUCUUACAUGUCUUGAUCCCCCACCUACAGUUGCACUAAGUUGCUAUGAAACCCUCCAGUGGAUUCAAUUGCACCAUUUUUACUCUCUUUGCUUGUUAAUUGAUGUUAUACUAAAAGAAAAUUGCUUACAUUUAUAUCAUAUUAAGGUAAAGGUGCAUACAAUAUUAAUUUCUGCUGCUGCAUCUCGUUUACAUAACCUCUCUAUAGCUAAUAUUAUCGUAUUUACAUUUUUAGUAUAUGUGGUGGUUUCAACAGGUAACAGCAUUUAUUUCACAUGACAAAGUAAAGAUAAAUAUGUUGACUGUAAAAAGUGUAAUACUCUCCAGCAGGGAAAUGGAACAUUAGGAACAUUAAAUGGGAGAAUAUUUUGCAGUGUAAUGUCCCUUUAAACAUUAGGGUGCUAACCAAGGGUCCUCUGAGCUACAUAUAGAGGAUAGAGAGAGGUACUGGUAGGGUCAUCAAUUGUUAUUGUGCCCUUCUACUUUUCUUAUGAAAAUAUUGUGAGAUUAAAGGGACAGUCUACAAUAGAAUUUUUAUUGUUUUAAAAGAUAGAUAAUCCCUUUAUUACCCAUAACCCAGUUUUGCAUAACCAACACAGUUAUAUUAAUAUACGUUUUAUCUCUGUGAUUAACUUGUAUCUAAGCAUCUUCUGACAGCCCCCUGAUCACAUGACUGUGACUGUUUCAAUUGAGAUGCAUUUAGUAUUGUGUUGGGUUAACUCUUAAAUAACUUCCCGGGCGUGAACACAUUGUUAUCUAUAUGGUCCACAUGAAUUAGCAGUCUCCUGUUGUGAAAAGCCAAUAAAAGAAAACAUGUGAUAAGAGGCUGUCAAUAGAGCCUUUGAAACAGGCAGAAAUUUAGAGGUUUAAAUGUUAUAAAGUAAAUUAAUCUAAAAAUGUUGGUUGUGCAAAGCUGGGGCAUGAUUAGUAUAGGCAUUGAAUAUCUUUUUAAGCAAUAACAAUUUUUGUGUAGACUGUACCUUUAACUGUCUCUAACCGGGCCUUAGCAGAUGAGAUAAGAUAAGGUAACCCGCUAGGUUACAACAUGGCAGUGCCCAUUACUUAUACAAACUACACUUUUACACUUAUUUCAUCAAUAUAUAAAUAACUAAUAUAAUUUUAAGAAAUAUGUUUGUAUAUUAUUUUCAGGCCAGUAACUAAUUUGAAUACAACAUAAUAUAUAGUAUCUAUUUAGUGCGUAAUGUACCUUUUAAACAUAUAGUAAUAGCCUUUUAAUUGCAAGACAUAUCUGUUGUGCUGCUAUAGACUAACAUACUAGCCAAGUCUAAAUGAUUUUUUAAACAAAUUAACAUCUUGCUUGUUGUAAUUGUUUAUCAAUAGCUAAACCCCACCCAUCACUUGCCUUAUUCAGAGGAGUCCAUCUUGGCUUUAGUCUGCAGACAAUGCAUUUAGUCUGUUAUAAAUGCAUUGAUUUGCAGUUUUAUCUGAUAAAGCCAAUUAAGGAUAAUUUGUAGCAAGGUUUGCCUUGAGAAGUCAAGCGUGCAUUUCAAGUUCUGAGAAUUAAUAAAGCCACGAUUUUUAGAGCUAAAUUACAGGGAAAGGGGUAAAAUAAAUAAGAAAAGUGUAUUUCAAAGUUGUUUUACUGUGCAUAACUAAACCUUAUAUUAAAAUUUCAAAUUAUCUACUGUCCCUUUAAAUCCCCUUUUAUUUACCUCUUUUUGGACAUAGCAAGGGACUUGUAAAAAAAUAAAUAAUAACAUUGUGAAUGUGUGUUUGCUGUUUGCAUCACUGAGAAUUGGGGAGGGGGCUUAUCAACCCCCUUGAAUCACCACUGGCCAUUUCUCGUCUAUAAAGAGAGCAUGUGCAAACAAUUAUUGCGUUAUAGCUUUUUUUAUUACAACAUAUAAGAACUUUGUGGUCUUUGACCCUUUCGUAAGUAAUAAAAAAAAAAAAUGUAUUUGCUGAAAGGCUGCUACUUCUGAUUAGAACCAGGUUAAACAGCCAUUGUGUGCCAAUGAUACCUGCCUGUGACUAGCAUUAUGCUUGCAUAUCCGUAUACUGCUAUGCUUGGUCUGUUAAUUGUAAUGAAUGUAUAUAAUUUUGCCAAACAAAAUAAGCCUGCUGUAACAAUGUAUGUUCUGAUUCAGGGCUCAAUGAUUUAAACAUCUCCUCUCUGUUGAGAUAAUCUAAAAUGGCUGACAUCUCUCAAAUCAUUUUUGAACAGCAAAGUUUCACUUGGGAGUUGAUUAACUAGCUAUGCAAGGUCCUGGAUGUGAAGGAUGAGACAUAUAUUACAAUAUAAUGCUAAAAAAAAAGCCCCCAAAGAUUUUCUGUGAUUUCUCUCCACAUAGCUGAGUCUUGAUCAUCAAGCCCUUAGUCACAUCGAUGUGUAUAAUUUUAUUUUCUAAAGUUAGUUACAUAAAUCACAGUAUUGCUUGCGAGUAAUCAGACUGUCUUGCCUAACCUAUGUAUUAUCUUGUCUGUAGAAUGAAUGGCAGUGCGAAGAUUGUGUGAGGUCAGAUUUUUAUUAAUUAUUGGUAAAUUAACCUCUUAAGGACAUAUGACGGAAUUUUUCCGUCAUAAAACAAUUGAGCAAACUGAAAGCUGUGUCCUUAAAGGGUUAACUGUGUUUAUGAGACCAAAAUAUUAGUGUUCAUUCAAGAAGAAAAACAACAAUUCUGUUACAACAAUUAUAGUGUCAGUAAUUUUACCUAUAACAUUCUGGGUUAGCUCCUGUUUGAAUAUAACUUUUUACUUUAGAAGCUUGAAUAAGAAACUCAAAUGACUUGAUCAAAUCAUACAAACCAAUCUGCUACAACCUAUAUUAACCAGUAGCCAAAGAGCAAAGCUGAUAACAAUCUUAGUUUUUCAGGAGCUGGCUCAGUAUCUCGUAUUCCCUCUGAAAGGUUUAGCUUUUAACAAACUAUUUCUGCUAGGUGCAGGGUCAACAUUUGCUAGGGUGAGCGUUAUUACAGACAAGGUGACUGUCUGACUUGUCUACUCACACUUCCUCUAAUCCUAGAAAAAGAUGGUAAUGUUUUGAUUUUGCAUAUUCCAUAUUAUACAGUGCUCUAUUAUCCAGUAUAUUGUUUACCCAAUACUGUAGAAAUACAAAUUAUAUUGUCAGAAUAAACAAAUGAUGGCCCAUCAAAUCGGAGAUUAAAGCAAGUGCCAGGAGUAUACUACCAAUCACACGGCUUGUCUCAGAUUGCUUGUAUCAUCCCCAACCUUCUUUGGGGGGAAAAAAUGUGCAAAACAGAGGUACAUUUAAUUUUAAUAUAGGUACAAAACCCAAAAUUUGAAAUCCAAACUUAAUCUGAAAUCCAAACUUUUUAAUUUAAUAUUGCUUUAAAAAAUAUAUAUAUAUAUUAAAAAAUCAAUAUUUUCUCUGCCUGUAAGUCACAUAAGUAUUAAAAUGAUAUAAAAAUUCCCUUAGGUUGCAUGUUUAAGCUGUAUUAUGACAUUUAAAUACUACCUGAAUGACAUUAGAUAUUGUUGUAUACACGUGUCCCCUCCCCAAACUGUCGCAAUUUAAAGAUGAAAAUAUUACAAAAUCCAAAUUAUUUCGAAAUCCAAACCUUUUUGGUCCCAAGCAGUUAAGAUAAAGGGUUUUCUACCUGUAUGCUAAAGCAAAACUUGAAUUGUUUUUGGUGGGAAAUUUUACUGUACUUUAGCUGUACUAUAAGUGAUACAUUUAAGGGACACUCGAGUCAAAAUUCAACUUUCAUGAUUUGGGAAGAGCACACAAUCUUUCUAAUUCAUAUCCAUUACCAAAUUUUGCACAAUAUUUUUAUAUGCACACUUUUUAAGGCACCAGCUCCUACUGAGCAUGUGCAAAAGCUCACAGGGUAUACAUAUACUAGUCUGUGAUUGGCUGAUAUCUGUCACAUGAUACAGAGGGCUGGCAAAUGUGAGAAAAAAUAAAUUUGCAAGAAAAAAAUCUGCUUUUGUGAAAUUAAGAUUGUUAUUGUAUUGUCUUUUUAUCAUGCACUUGUUAAUUAUGCAAUUCUACUGUAUUUAGUGGUCCUUUAAACUUAAAAGAGAAAUGUCUUUCCUCAAUAAACUGCAGAUAAUAAACUGAACUGUUGGUGCAAUGAUAAAUGCAGAGAGCUUAUGCUAUCGGCAUUUAUCGAUGUGCAGAGGACGUGAUCCACAAUAUCAGAUCAUGUCCGCUGGCACAAUGAUAAUUCGGCCCCAUAGUGUUCAAUAAGUACUAUUUAGUAUACUGUGGGAUCAGAACAUGUAAAAAAUAAUAAUUAGGAAUUAUUGGACAAUAAAGAAUGUAAUUGAAUGCACUUUUCUAGAUCAUUUCUAAUGAUUUUUCCUCUUCUUGCAUUAUUUUUGUACAAUUACUCUAGGUUUUUAAGCAUUUAUAUAUUACAUUAAUAAAAUGUGUGGUAUAGUUUAAUAAA